CCAAAUUUUUGCUUUCCACUUCCAUAAAUGCCACUGAGCCAGCUCGAACGGCAAUUAGUUGCGCUCGAUGUUCUGGCGAGGAGAAAUGUGCAAAUUCAAGAAAGAAAUUGUCUCAAUCGGCUUGCUCUUGCUGAUUGGAGCUCAUAGCUCGCUGGCGCAAUGGGCGACUAUUUGCUCCAAUGCGGAGGAUGGAACGCGUCUGGCCUUGCCCUUGGAUUGUGCUCGAUUUGCGGUGUGCGAAGAUCGUGAAGUUGCGCAGAUUCGCCGCUGUCCACGUGGCCUGCACUUCAACUCGGAGCUGGGUGAAUGCGAUUUCCAGUGGCGUGCCGUUUGUACGGGUCUCUUGCCGUUCGGCAAGGCGGUCGCCGACGAGGAUUGUGUGUGCACCUGUUGUGCCGAGCAGUGUCCCGAUGAGCCCAGUGUUCCGGAGCAGACUACGCCCUGUCAGCCGGUGGAGAGUACCACGAAGCCCACCGGCCCCACAAGCAGUCCGGAUAUAGGUGUGACAGAGACAGUGCCCGAUGAGACGACGUCUGAGGGGGAGACUACCUACAAUACGGAGCCCGCUCCUGGUCCCAGUCCAACCGAUAGUCCGGUGGCACCACCAGGCGGUGGUGGUGACGUGCCCGACUUCUGCGUCGACAAGCGUCCGGAUUGUGUAAAUCAGCCGGACGGAGCUUUGCUGCAGCUGCCUGGCGUCUGCACGAAGUUUAUUCAAUGCAAUCACGGCUGCAGCACGGAGCAGAUCUGUCCCAGCGGCCUCUACUUCGAUCCCAUUGAAGGCAUCUGCAAUUAUCCGUGGGACGUGGACUGCAAGCCAGUGACCACAGACGACAGUGAUGGUGAGGUGGUGGGUCCAUCGGGCACCACUUGCAGCGAUCAGGGGAUUUGCGCCGGCCAACGGGAUGGUAAGAUGUUUGCUGAUCCGGAUACCAAUGGCUACUUCGUUUGCCAGUGCCAGUGUCCCAUUGCCAUGCCCUGCGAUGCGAAUACCAAAUUCAAUGAGGCGGUUCAGGCUUGUGACUGGGAUAAUGUACCAAAUACGGAUGGCGGUAGUGACGGCGGUAGCGGUGGUAGCGGCGGCGGUAGUGGCAGCAGCGCUGUCAUAUGUCCCGAUGGUCUGAUCUACAAUGCCACUUCCGAUCAGUGCGAUUAUGCGCCGGACUAUGUGCCAGAUGUCGUCUGCCCGAACACCGAGACUAUUUGCCAGAACCAGCCGGAGGGCGAACUCUUCCCCAUUAACGGUGUGUGCAACAAGUUCUACAAAUGUAAUUUCAACUGUGCCAUAGAGCAGAUCUGUCCCAAUAAUUUGCUCUAUGACGCCAAGACCAAGAUCUGUGACUAUCCCCAAAAUGUUAAAUGUGAUUGGCCGUAUUCGCCACCAACUGGCCCGGAAGCCGGACCCUCGGGCAUUUCCUGUGAAAGCAACGGCCGCUGCCUGGGACAGCGCGAAGGCACCUAUUUCCCAUCCCUGACCAGCUGCAGCGGCUACGUCGUCUGCCAGUGCGAGUGUGAGGUGCCCAUGGAGUGCUCGCCAGGUCUCUACUGGGAUACCAAAUUGUCCACGUGCAAUUAUCCUGACCAAGCCGGCUGCGCAAGGCUCUUGAGCUUCAACGGCGUUCGAGCAGGUUCGAUCUCCUAUAUAAAGGCUCAUCUUUUGAAGCGCUUGAUCAGUGGUAUAGGAGAUCUGCAGCUGGACAGUUGUAGUGCAUUGCAGUGGAUUGACUGUGCGAAAAUGGCUAACCGAAGAAACUUAAAUUUCGCGUAUCUCCUCUUCGUUGCCAUGGCCUUAGUCUUGGGAGCCGUGGCCGAUGAUGAUUGCUGUGAGGUUGGCGAUACCAAGCCCGACGAAAACGAUUGCACGCAAUACUACGGCUGCUGUACGGGAAAGUUUGUUCUUAAGUCCUGCCCAAGCGGACAGUACUGGAAUAGAGAUACCAAACAAUGUGAAGACGACAAUGGCCAAUGCGUUACUGUAGCUCCCUGCACAUGUACAGAUGGGGAUGUCAAGGCAGAUGAUUCAGACUGCACCAAAUAUCUGGUCUGCAAGAACGGAGAAUAUGUCUCCGCUUCCUGCAACUCUGGUGACUACUGGAACUCAGCUAGCAAACAGUGUGAGCAGGAUAAUGGUCAGUGCGUUACUCAGGCUCCAUGCACAAAUGGAGAUACCCAGGCAGAUGCUUCGGACUGCACCAAAUAUCUGGUCUGUCAGAACGGACAAUAUGUCUCCGCUUCCUGCAACUCUGGUGACUACUGGAACGCGGCUAGCAAACAGUGUGAGCAGGAUAAUGGUCAGUGCGUUACUCAGGCUCCAUGCUCAAAUGGAGAUACCCAGGCAGAUGCUUCGGACUGCACCAAAUAUCUGGUCUGUCAGAACGGACAAUAUGUCUCCGCUUCCUGCAACUCUGGUGACUACUGGAACGCGGCUAGCAAACAGUGUGAGCAGGAUAAUGGUCAGUGCGUUUCAGUAGGCUGUAAGGAUGGCGUUCUUAAGCCAGAUGAAUCUAACUGUGCUGGUUUCUACGAGUGUGUGGAUAAUAAGUUUGUCCAGAGAAAAUGCCCUGCUCAAACCUAUUUCGAUAAUUCGCUGGGUGCUUGCGUUAUUGAUGAGAACGGUGUUUGUAUUCCCAAGGUCUGCGAUGCCGAAUGCUGUGAUAUGCCUAACAAUUGGAUUGGACCCGUCGAGAAGAACUGCUCGGCAUUCAUUCAAUGUCUAUAUGGCAAUGUGAUCCAGCAGAACUGUCCCAACAAUCUGCAGUUCAACAAUAUUACCAAGGAAUGCGACUAUCCCGAUGUUGUCCAAUGCGAUGAUGGUAGCCCACCGCCAAGCGGACCCACAGCCGGCCCCUCCGGCACCUACUGUGAGAGCAAGGGUCGUUGUCUUGGAAAACGCGAUGGCACCAUGUUAGUCGAUGACAAGAAUAAAUGCAGCGGAGGCUAUAUUGUAUGCCAGUGUGAGUGUGAGGUUGCCUUCACCUGUAGCGCCGGCUUGGUUUUCAACCAGCAGGUUCUCGCGUGUGACUGGCCAGAUAAUUCUGACUGCUAAACUUCUUAAUAAACAUAUUUAAAGCAGCAUUCCCAGA